AUGCUGACCGAGCACGUCCGUGCAGUAGAUCAGCGAGGCCUUGCACUGUGUGAGAAAUCUUGGGCCAAAAUUGCAACGGCCCCACGGGUGCUUCAUGGCUCAAGAGUUAGCAACAUCCAAGUUGCAGAGAUCAAGUCGUAGAGAAGCAUCUACAGGGCAGCCUCUAGCAACAGCGACGAGGUCGGUGGCCUGGAGUUCUGCAACACAUUUCUUGUCUGCUCCAUGAAGGGACGACUCAGCUUGGUGGAUAUUCGGCAGCCGCCAAGUCCUUUGGAGGGUGCACCCGUCUCGUCGGCCCUGGGAGCAGAGCACUGGUGCAUGGGUGUGGGGCACAGCCCUGACGGGGGGGCGCUCGCUGCAGCUUGCUUCUCAUUUGGGGGGCAACUCAUGCUGACGGAUUUGAGAGGCGGCUCAACGCCUUUGAAACAGGCCACGUGCAAAGCCCCUGUGCCUGGGCAGAACACGGAGUUCCUGGGUUCCUGGGCUCCAGCCCUGGAGGGAUGCCUUGCUGUUUCGGGGGAUUCUGUUGUUCCUUUUAACCAAGGCUUUGACGGGACCGUUCAUGUCUAUGAAACAAAGAGCUGGGAUGACUCCAGCAAACAUACCUUUGGUGGAGUGGGCAGUGGGGCCGUGCUCACGACACACAUGUGGCAUCUGUGGAGACCAAGGACCGUGCUAUCGGCAGCCAGCAAUGGCUCCCUUCACGUUUGGGACUAGGUGGAUCCUCGCAGCAGUUAA